AUGGCGAUCAAGAGGGGGUUCGUUUUCCCCUUCCAACGUACAUUACGCCGUUAUUUAGUAUUGAUCUGCAUCAUCUUCGCCCUUAAACUCGCCUCGGCCUCAGUGGAAGAGGCAUUUCGUGCCGGACAGUCCACGCUUUCUCAGGUGGCUGCAGCAUCACGUGAUGUGCGGUAUCUGCUGUAUGACGUGAAUCCACCUGAGGGAUUCAAUCUUCGCCGGGAUGUGUAUAUUCGCAUGGCCUCUUUGCUAAAGACUUUGAGGAAAGAGGGCGAUUGGGUGCUGGUGUUGCCUCCUUGGGGUCGGCUGUAUCACUGGCAGAGCCCUGAUAUCCAUCAGGUUCGCAUCCCCUGGGGUGAAUUCUUCAGUAUAACCAGUUUGCAGGCCAACAUACCUGUCAUUGAGUAUGAGGAAUUCCUUGCUGAGUCCGGGGGUCCCUUCAUCGAUCAAAUCCUCGUGCUGCAAAGCUAUGCAGAGGGCUGGACUGAUGGGAAAUGGGAGGAGAAGGUGCACGAACGUCCCUGCAUUGAACAGCUCAUGUACUCAAGAGACAAACAGGGCUAUUACAGAGGUUGGUUUUGGGGUUAUGAGGAGACCCGUGCUUUGAAUGCCACCUGUCUGUCUGCCCAGGGACAUGCCUCCAUGCUGGCCCCCAUGCUACAGAACAAAAUCACAGCAACGUCAGUGAUGCUGGACAGGGCUGAGGCUGUUCUUCAUGAUCAUUAUGCUGGAAAAGACUACUGGGAUACACGGCGAAGUAUGGUGUUUGCCAAACACUUACGUAUCAUAGCGGACGAGUUUAGGGCCACGUUUUUAAACUCCACGGAUAAAGAGGACCAGACACUGUACAAUGAAGACUGGACCAGAAUAAAAAACAAGCUAGGCAGUUCCAGGGGAGGCCCUUACCUGGGAGUGCACUUGCGCAGAAAGGAUUUCAUCUGGGGUCACAGAGAAGAUGUGCCCAGCCUCAAAGGUGCAGUUAAGAAGAUCCAUAGUCUCCUGAUGAAGCUCAAACUUGAGAUGGUUUUUGUUGCAACAGAUGCAGAUGGAGAAGAGCUAGCUAAACUGAAAAGAAUGCUACCUGAGAUGGUCCGAUAUGAGCCCUCCUGGGAGGACCUGGAGCUUCUGAAGGAUGGAGGGGUGGCCAUCAUAGACCAGUGGAUCUGUGCCCAUGCAAGGUAUUUCAUUGGAACAUCAGUUUCAACCUUCUCUUUCAGAAUACACGAAGAAAGAGAGAUCCUAGGAUUCGAUCCCAAAACCACUUAUAAUCGUUUCUGUGGUGACGAUGAGAGCGGUUGUGAGCAGCCCACACACUGGAAAAUUGUCUAUUGAUAGCCAGAGAAAGCACAGAAAGCAUGGUGCUAAUCACACAGACUACCAUUGAUUCAAGAGGAUUAUAUAUUUUUUGAAAAUGUUCUUCGCUGAUGCAUGUUGAAAACCCAUUAGAGUGACAGUCAUCCUUAGAACAUAUUGAGUAAGAUAAUGAUACACGAGCCAAAGUGGAAAAUAUUAUGUCGCUUUUAUCUUAUCUCACAUCACUCAUGACAGUAUAUAUGUAAAUGCUGCUAUCUUUUCCUACAGUUCUUUGAUUUUGGAUCCAAUCUGUAAACAAGUCUUUCUUGUCUUGUUGUUCGUGACAAUUAUUUUGUUUCAGCACAAUUUCUGCCUGUGACAUGGACAAAUAACAUGUGAAUAUACAGUUUUAUUUGACAUAGUUAUAUAUUUGUGUUGUUUUGCCUAAAGCAAUGUGCUUUCACAUGACUUAACCAUACAGUAUUUCUACACUGCAAUAAGGCAACAGUAAUGUUGCUGUUUAAAGUUAUGUAAUGGUAUGACUUUUUAUCUUUGUAAGAUGAAAGAUAAACUUUAAAUACCAAGAAAGCAUGUCUAAUCCUAGACAUGUUCAAUAUUACCAAAUAUAUUUUGAUCUGUGAGUUUUCUAUAAAACAUUUUAAAAGGCAUUUUAACGAUUACAUGUCUUUUAUUCUUCCCUUGAUGCAUGACAAAAUGCACAGUGCCUUUUGUUUUAGGUAGAAUGUGUUCAGUAUUUCAUUACAUAUUUAAAUGGCCAAUGCAGAUUACCUGUUCCGUAGGUUUUCAGUGUUGUUUUGUAAUCUCUCUGGGGGAAUAAAUUUGAAUCUGGUUUCAUUUAGAUUGCAAUCUUUUUAGCUCAAAGAUGUACAGAUCAUUUUACAAUAACUUGUGGGUGGAGACCAUGCUUUGUCAUUUAUGCUCACAGACAAGAGGCAGGAGAGAUGUUUACAGUCCUUUGUUCUGUUGAUCAUUCUGGAAAAACUUACAAAUGUCCUGCUUUUUGUGUAGUUUUUAUAACCAACAUAGUGCUGUGUUACUGUUUAUCAUUACUAUUAGAUUUUAAUAGAAGAUUAUUUAUGUGAUAUCUGGUGUAUUUACAAUAUAAAUAUUGUCUGUUUUUCUUUUUAAAUUUAACCUUAAUGACAAAAUUAAGGUUUACUUUGUGAUCUGCAUUAAAUACG